AUGGAAAAAGUAAUAGCUUUCAGCAACAGGACUGAAGGAAGAGAUAAAUUUUUAAAGUUCUGGCAAUAUUUCAGCAAGCUAAUGCAAGCAGUCAUAAUCAGUCGAUACUCUACUCAGUUUGGGAAUCUUUUUUCAGCUGUUCGAGAUUGUCGAAAAUUCUUUCGACUAGGAAAAUCUCUUCUAGAAAUCCAUUAUAUAACCCAAAUACUUCAAGAUGCAAGACUAGACUCUAUUCAGCGUGCUUUAGCUAUACUUGGGAAUGCAUCUAUGGCUAUAAGGUGGAUUUUUGAUAAUCUAAGUUUCUUAAGUGCUGCAAAAGUUAUGCUUUAUGAUCACAAAGAAGUUAACAGGCUCGCAACAACAUUUUGGCUUCUUGGACUUUGCUUUAACUUACACCCAAUUUUUGAUUUUUUCUAAAAAAAAUAUUUUUUAAAUUAAAUUUAUCAAUUUUUUAAGGGAAAAAUUAGCAAACUCACUUCGGGAAAUGAUGAAAAGCUACGCUCGUGAAGCAACUCUCAAAGAAGCCUCAAUUGGCAAAACGACCCGUUGGGUCGUAGAAAAUCUUGACGAGCUUUCUUUAACUAGGAAGAAAAUGAUAUUAGAAAUCACAAAAAUCAUUGGGGACAUGAUUGUCGCCUCAAACGGCGCUCAAAUCCCUUACAAAGUCCUGGGAAAACAGUUUUCCGAAAAAUGGGUCGGAAUAGGGGGAAUUGUGGCCUCUAUGAUUUCAAUCUAUCAAAUUUGGUGCACAAGUUAA